CUAUUUCCCCCCUCCCUCCCCGUCACCUUCCCAUCUUCUCAGUAGAAGCUUCCGCGCCCCCUCGCGCCAGCGGAGAGGCGCGAAGGGAGAGCCGGAGCAGAGAGGAGGAAUGAGCCCGGCCGCCGAGGGGAGCCUCGCAGCCCCCGACGUAGCCCGAGUUAGGCACCGCCUCCUCCUCCUUCUCCCCGGGCAGGAUGCAGAGGCAGCGGCGGCGGCGGCUGGUAGCGGUGCUGCUGCUGCUGCUCGCGGCCGGCAGCCUGAGGCGCGCGGCGGAUAGAGAAGGCGCAUGAGGCGGCUCUCGUCCACCCUGCCUCCUACUGGCGGGUGCAGGAUGGAACAUGAGGCUUCCCAGCUAGAAAAGAAACAUGUGCACAACGUCUAUGAAAGCACAGCUGCCUAUUUCAAUGAUCUGCAGGGCAAAGCAUGGCCUCGCGUCCGACAGUUUCUCCUAGAGCAAAAGCCAGGCAGCCUCAUUGCUGAUAUAGGUUGUGGGACUGGAAAAUACCUUGGUGUCAAUAGCCAGGUGUAUAAUCUUGGAUGUGAUUACUGCGGUUCUUUGGUAGAGAUUGCAAGAAAUAACGGUUGCGAAGUGAUGAUCUGUGAUAACCUUAAUCUCCCUUUCCGGGGUCAGUGCUUCAACGCGAUCAUUUCUGUGGGAGUGAUUCACCAUUUCUCCACACAACAAAGACGAAUCAAAGCAAUAAAAGAAAUGGCCAGGGUGCUGGUACCUGGCGGCCAGAUGAUGAUUUAUGUGUGGGCCAUGGAACAAAAGAAUCGGCAUUUUGAGAAGCAAGAUGUGUUUGUUCCAUGGAACAAAGCCCUCUGCUCCCGGUUGCUUUCUGAACGCAGCAAGGGUGCGUGUAAGAGGGAGCUUGCAGCUCAUACCGUAACAUCUCAGACCAUGUCCCCGGACCAGCUGAUGGGUUCCAAAUACAGCUACCCUAUUACCCUUGACCAGAAAUAUCCCCAGAGGACUACUGGCAGCUGCUUAGCUGAAGCCUGUUGUGUGAAAAUCUCUGAAGAGGAAGAGAAACGAGUUUACAGUGCUCUUGGGAGAUCUUUUCGUUCCUGGUUUUCCUCCAGAUCACUAGACGAGUCUGCCUUGGGGAAGCAGAAUGAGAAGAUGCAGCCUUUGAAGAGCACAGCUGGAUGGACAAACAAUGCAGUCUCUAUUCAGCCAUCAAGGCACUGCAGUGUAGAUUCAGGCUGUCGAGGACCAUUGCUGAAAGAGCAGCAACUAGAUAAUUAUGAUGACGUGUUUAUGAAGCAUAUGGCGUGCAAAAGAUUGGAAUGGCUGGCGGCCUCAAGGUCGCUGAGAGAUUUCAACGGUGAGCCACCUGCUUUAGUCCAAAGUAAAAAUGGGGAAAUGCCAUUCCUGGAUAGCUCUGUGGAAAAUGUAAACAACAGCUACAUCCCGCCAGGAAAUAGUCAUUCUUUUGCAGGCAAACACUUGAAAAGGACAUCAUCGGCGAGCUCCAGUGAGUCUAUUGUAGAUGCGGCUGUGGCUGUGGGAGACCGAGUUGCUUGUGGUCAGGAUACAAAAGCCUUCAUGCGCUAUUACCAUGUUUUUCGGGAAGGGGAGCUGUGCUCUCUGCUUGAGGAUAAUGUGCCUGAGGUUCACAUAAUAAGUUCAAGCUAUGAUAAUGGUAACUGGUGCAUUAUUGUGAAGAAAGCAGGUGAACAACAGCAUGCAUAGUUCAAGGGCUUCAGAUAUCGCUUCCUAUGGAAUUUUAGAGAACCCCCCCCCCCAUAUCUGAUCUCCCAUUCUUUUGUGCGUGGGAACAAAUGUGUGGAUAAGGAUGUCAUUGUGAAAAAGGGUACUUGCCAUUUUGCAGAAAUGCAGGCUUUCUGCAAACACCCAUCAUAGUUUUAUAUUGCUUUUAGGAAAUCUGUUUUGCGUUUUUAAGAACAUUUUAUAAAUAAAGCCUUUUGUAAGAUGAGGAACGGGGCAUUUUUUUUAGUUACCCAAAAAUAAAUGAAUGAAUGUUCACCCAAUGAAAAGAUCAGCCCUUAGCCUAUUGGCACUGAAAUAUGUUGCAUGCAUUUUACUUGCUGGACUUUUGCUUAGAGGAGCACACACAUCGUAUUUGAAGGCUUUUGCUUUUUAUGUUGCUUUUCUAUUUUCUUUUCUUUUUCAAUGUUGCUAUCCAAAUAGACUGUACAUACAUAGGAUACUUUUUCACUGUAGCAAAAAGGACACUGUAAAAUGAGGGUUUCAGGUGCUGUUUCCUGUGGGAUCUUAGAGACAUGUGAGGGAUGAACUGAAAAAUCAAGACAACCAGAGGGAUAAAAGAAGUGUAAAAAGAGUCCGAGAAAAUCAAACAUGCCCUGUAGAAGGAAUGUCUUUCUGGGUGUCUUUCACUGUUUCCUGAAGUGAUGCAUAUAUAAACUGAGGCUAUCGACUGUGCUCAUCAUAUUCACUCAAGUAAUGAUGAUGGAAACAGCCUAAAAGGCCUGUUUUGCAACUUGGACCAAGCUGAUUUCCCCCUAAACAUUUUUUUGCUACAUUCAGACAUAACAUAAAACCAUGGUUUUUGUGUUACAUGAAUGAGUCUCAUCUCGGGUGUGUCCACAGAGGGGUGAUCAAACAGGUUUACUUUCAUUUUCAGCUAACUGUGGUUUCUUGUUAUGUAUGAACCGAAACAAAUUGUAGUUAGGAUUAACUAUGGUUUUAUGGAAGCACACAACUUUAAGCUAUGGUUUCUGAUUCUGGGUUGUUUUUUCUAAUCCAGGGUUAGAUAAUCUUUGGCUCUCCAGAUGUUGUUCUUUAGCUCCCAUCAGCCCCAAACCAGUAUGACCAAUGAUGAUAUGAUAGAAACUGUAGUUCAGCAACAUAUGGUAGGCCACAGGUUCCCUGUCUCUACUCCGAGCCGUAGGUAAGCCUAACCACAGUUUCUGGUUCACACAUAACGAACUAGGACUGAAAAGGGAAGCAAAAGCUUCUGAUCUUAUGGCUGUACUAACAGAGGAUCGAAAGGGAGCAAAAACUCGAGACUUUUGCCUGCCAACUAAAAUAUAGUUUAGUUGAACCAGGUCAUUGUUCAGAGUUGAAUAGAGUUAAGGGAGGUUUUUGCUAAACUAACAGGGCCUGUGAUGAACCAUGGGGAGAGCGACCUCUUCCAGGAACUCGGAAGUAAUUAGUCUAAUGUGUGAUCACUACACUAAAUGCCUGUGUGGUGUGUCGUGUGUUUGGGAGAUAAGCCUACUAGAACUUUAUAUGAAAUCACUGUAUUAUUCUCUUGUGCAUCUGGGUUAAGACAGUGCUCAAUUACGAUGUGGCUGUGAGAAGAGCAAAAGCUUAUGCUUCCAUUUUCAACUAACUGAUUAGUUGUGAACUAAAAAACCCAGAACUUUGGUUGGGCUUUGUUACGGUUUGGGGCAGGGGAGGCCAUGUGGUGCCCUCCAGAUGUUCUGGACUGCAUCUCUUAGCAUCCUUGGCCAUUGGCCAUCUUGGCUGAGGCUAGUGGGAGUUGGGGGGGGAAUCUAACAAUGUCUGGAUGGCCAGAUGACAUCUCAUCAAACCACAGUUAAGACAAAGCACAUUUUGUCUGGUUUUACACAUAAUGACAAAUCACCGUUAGUUGAAAGCUGAAACUGUUGAUCUCCUGGUAGCUACACAGGAGGUUGCAUGUGAUAAUGUUCACAUAGCAUGAAACCAUAAUUUUAGCUUUGUGUCUGAAUGCAGACAAAAUGUUUCAUGGGAAAGACCAAAGCUGCAACCCUAGCAGUUGGAUUGCAUAGUCCUUAAUACAUUGUCUUCCGUACUUUAAAUGGACCCUUAAAACAUUUCUGCUUUCCUAAGGGAGGCUGAUGAAUUGAUUUAUUCGUAGACUAGCACUUGUCUUUCUUUUCUCCAUGUAGUGCUCAACAAAACACUCCUUAAAUUUCAUGGAUGGAUGUAGAUAGUAGGCAAUGUUCAGCUAUGUUUUACCUCAGAGUAGAGCCAUUAAAAUAAAUGAAUAUGGCUAAGUUAGGUCCAUAAACUUCAGUGGACUUACUAUGAAUAAAAUGUAGUUGAAUACCACCCGAUGUGUUUUUUCUCUGCAGUCUUUUUCCAUUAGUCCAGCUAGACUGAGUUUUCUUUUUCUUUUUAAAACUCACAUGAACUCUUGCUUUGCUUGUUCAGUCAUCCUGUACAUUAUGAUAGUACUUCUUGGGCAAUGAAGUGAUGACUAGCAUAAAUGUGAAGAAGUACUUGAUUGCCGGUGCUUUUAUAUCCAAGAGUGGGAUCCUUAAAAUCAGUUGGGUUAAAUAUUCCAGGACCUCCAUCUCUGCAAAUAACUUACCAUAGGUAUCUGAGAUUUAACUGCCUUUUCAAUGGCUGAAUUAUACUUGACAAUUUGAUGGGAGAUUGCUUCAUAUCAUCACUAUUUAUUUUUUUAAAUGGAGAUUUGCUGCAAUAGAAAUGCCCUUCUGAUGAGUGCCUCCAUCUAAUCAAACUGAUGCCACAUCCUUUAUAUGUUACAUCUUCCCACAUCAUCAGCUGUCGAAUGCCCCUGUUGCGUUUUUGUGAGAUAGUCCCGCAGUUAACAGGCAGCAACUUCCAUGGGUGAGCCUUACAAAAUAAUAGCCAUAUAGUCUCCUUUUCAAUUUGCAGUGUGAUUCUAUGCAUGCCUACUCAGAAGUGAGGUCUAUUGAGUCUACUAGCAAAUGCCUGUAGGUCUGCUGCUGCUGAAGGCAUGUCCUGAAAGGAACAGGUGGCCCUGUGCCUCUUGGCUGAGCCUCUUGGGCUUGGUGAUCGGACGGUUGGUGGUUUGAAUCCCUGCGAUGGGGUGAGCUCCCAUUGCUCUGUGCCAGCUCCUGCCAACCUAGCAGUUCGAAAGCACGCCAGUGCAAGUUGAUAAAUAGGUGGCCGGAAGAUAAAUGGCAUUUUCUUGUGCUCUGGUUUCUGUCACAGUGUCCUGUUGCACCAGAAGUGGUUUAGUCAUGCUGGCCACAUGACCCAAAAAGCUGUCUGUGGACAAACGCUGGUUCUCUCGGCCUGAAGCGAGAUGAGCACCACACCCCAUAGUCAAGUCUGACUGGACUUAACCAUCCAAGUUCUUUUACCUUUACCCUUAGCAACGCUGCAGAAAGUGAGUGCAAAUGAAGUCAGAGCACUAUUACAACACCAUGGCCAUCAUUUUGCUGUCUUUUACUUCUUUUUCUUUGUGUCAAUCAAUCAAAACCUUUAUUGGCAUCAUUUACAAACAUUUAAAAUAAAUAGUCCAGUACGAUCACAUCACCAACCCAUCAGUACAGUCACUUGCCAAAAGGGAGGGGAAUCCAGCAAUCUAUUUUACCUCUGUGGGUCUCCUACCAAUAUGGAAUUAUUAGGAUAAUACAUUUUUAGGUAUUUUUUGUAGACCUUCCACUCUUUGGAUACUUUUUGUGUUGAUGAUUCUCUUACUGAGUCAGUGAGUUUAGCCAGUUGUACGUAUUCUAGCAUAAGUGUUUGCCACUCCAAUAUAGUGGGUAAGAUCUCACUCUUCCACUUUCUUGCCACUAGUACAUCACCAACCCAUCAGUACAGUCACUUGCCAAAAGGGAGGGGAAUCCAGCAAUCUAUUUUACCUCUGUGGGUCUCCUACCAGGGGCAGGAUUCUGUAAUGUACUUUGGCGGCAUGUUCUUUGUGUGGGGGGAGCCCUGCUGGACUAAUAGUGCUCUGGCUUCAUUUUUCAAGAGUCACACAAUGGUUUGGGCAGGCGGGCAUGCAGGAGUUGUCAUGAGAUAUGCAACCUACCUCUUUGCUUGCCAUCCCGAUGUCCAAAAACAGGCAUGUCCAAAGUCCGUCUCGGGGGGCGUAAUCAGGUCUACCAGUUGAUUUAAUUCGGUCCCUGUGGCAGUAUAUGUCCUCCUGGGGUAAAAUCCUAAAAAAAAGCUCAGCAACUUCAAUUCUUAAAAAAGCUCAACAACUUUGGGGUAAAAUUGUAAAAAUUGUAAAAAAAAGCUCAGCAACUUUGAUUGGGCCUCACACAUGUUCACUUCAUCAAAUCUGGUCCUCUUUGAAAAAAGUUUGGGCACCCCUGUCCAAAAAGUAGUAGGAUCAUGUCGCUUCUUCCGCGGAUUUCAGUUGGAGCUCACCUCUUGAUUCCUGCCAUUGGAUGUAAAUGCCCUUCAUUCAGUGUUCUUCCUUGCCUACAGCACCCUGCAUGAUAACAGGAGCCUGGCGAUCUGUCCCCAUGGCUAGCAUGGCAUACUGGCUAUUCUCAAUGUAUUGCUUCAGUGUGUGUAUUUAUCUGGCAUAGUCUGCCCUGUCCCAGGGAUAGGGGAAUGAGUUACAAUAUGCUAAUUACUCUAAUCUAUAACUAUUUCCAGAAAAUGUGCAGAUUCGGUUUUGGUGGAUCUCUGGAAGACAAUCCCAAAGUUGCAUCUUAUGUGCCAGAAUCCUCUCUGCAUGCCCUUUGGCAUUUAUUUUGGCAUGGGUUGUAUUUAAGAGAGCAUGGUGGGUCAUGGAAGUGAUGUCUGAAUCUGCUGGAUUUUUAAAUACUGGGAUCAGCUUUUUGAAUUGAGCUUAAAAGGCAAUAUAUUAAUAAAAACCAGCAAUGGUCUGUCUUUGUUGUUCCCAAGCUACUUUUGUUUCCUCAUCCAGAAGAGCCACUUGCAAUAAAAGCAUCCUUGGUUAGAGUGGAACAAACCUCACCUUCAGAAUUACCUAUGUCGAAUCUCAGAUUACAUUACUUUUAAUGAACCUGUAGAUGUACAUAUUUAUACGUGAGGAAAGCUAUUGGCUUUCUGCAACAUGCAAUUAAAUUGGUUCCCUCCGAGCUGCAGAGGGAGAUGAUCUUGAAAGCACAAAUAGGCUGUCAAAGCUGCAAUUAUUCUUUGUGCAACGUGUUGACAUUUUGUUAUUUAUCAUGUGCUUGUUUGCAGUUCUUUUGUGGCCGUGAGAUAUAGGCAGCGCUAAUGAGCAAUUGGGCUUGGUUUUGUUUGCACUACUUUGGCAACUGCAUUUGCACUACUGGGCACAAAACCCAGUUGGACAUUACACUAGACCCUGCAGGGUCAAGCAAUGCACUGAUAGAAGCUAAUAUUCAUUAACCUGUAACGCAGCAGAAGUGUGGACUUUAAUUAAUAAUAUAAAACCUCGGAGCUAAAUGUCAAUGCAUUACAUUUUAUUCUUUGCCUUGUACGAAGCCUGGCAGCUAUUCAGUGUUGUAAUGCAUACCAAAUAGUGUACUGUAACUGUCCGCACUGACAUUUAGAACAUGAUACAUCAUUGAACUUUAAAUGUCCAGGUUUUCAGCUAUUCCAUGGUACAUUAAUAAAGAUUAUUUAUGUUAUCAAUAAAAAUAAAUAAAUGUGUGUCUGGGUGAGUUAUCAUUUCGUUGGCUGAUCCAGGGGACUUGUAUUCAGUUGUCAUUCAAAGUGUUUGUCCACGUUUGUUUCAGGGCUUCGAAACAGCAGCGAACUCCUUUAGAACUCUGGGCUUGAAAGCAAGACUAUUCCAUGCACCCACCUGGAUUGCAGACCUAAGAGGUGAUUCAGCAGUUGUCCUGCGCUUCCAGUAGAAAUGCUCUGGAUGUUUGGCAGAUGGAAAUGAUCUGAUGGCGAUGGUGGCUAGAAAUCUGUGGCUCUAGUUCGCUGUCAGGAGGUGCUGCGAGGCAUGUGUAGCACAGCAUAAAUAAGCUUUCAAGUCAAAGGGAUACUUAAUGUUAGGUGGCCCUCUUCUGGACUGAAAGGGUACAUUUGCUAAUCAAUUUACAAACAGGGCAACUGAAAAAUGGUUGUUUGUCAUUUUGGCUCAGUAUUUAACCUGGGAAAAUAUAGGAUGAGGCCUGUAAGAGGCUUUAGGUUAGCAUUAAUAAUAGCACUGAUGCAAUGGAAGAGAGUUGAAAAGAGACCUGUACAUAUUUAAGAGCCCCCCAACCCACUGAUAAAUUCUUAGUUGUACCGUAGUUGGGCAAAGGAUAACUCACUCUAGCAUCUGAGACUGGCUUCCUUGCUGCACAAAUGUGGAUUUUUCAAUGUAACAUCUAUGGUAAGGUUACCAAGAUACAACUACAUAGAAUCAUAGAAUCGUACAGUUGGAAUGGACCCCAAGGGCCACAUAGUUCAACCCCCUGCAAUGCAGGAAUAUUUUGCCUAACGUGGGGCUCGAAUCUAUGACCCUAAGAUCAAGAGUGUCAUAUUCUACCAACACUAGACAAUGUUUCCGGGAGGAUAAUUUGGAAUGGUGAUGAUGAGCAUUUUCCUGCUCCCCCAGGGCUACUUCAAAUAGCCGAGUGCAAAAUAUGAGUGCAUCAAGAUCAAAUUGGGCAGGACAUUAAAUGCAUCUUGAUGUUAAUAAUGCAGUAUGUUUGUUUGUGUGUUUAAUGCAAAUAGCAUCAGCUAGUGCUGCUAUUUGAAAGUUAUUGGUAUUGCAUCUGGCCUCACAAGCUUGCGGCACCUUCGGAAGAGAGAUUCCCUAUAAGACCUCAGAAGAGCACUGAAGCCUAGUGUGGCCCUCAGGGCAGUUGCAAAUUGGAUAUCCUUAAAUAAAUCACUGCUUUUCUCACAAAAAGGUGGUGUUGCCAACAGAUGGUAUCUGAAUGGUGUUGUUGCUUCUUAUUGUAUUUGUUACACCAGCAGGUCCCAGGGUGGGUUGCAAGAUUUAAAAUUCAGUAUUAACUGAAAGAAACCCUGCACAUGCUCAGUGGCACCCAGACACGCCCGAAUUUUUGCAACCAUAAAAAUACACAUACAUGAAAUCAGAGUGUUUGUGUGUUUUGCUAAAAACAUUGGCAGCAACUAUGACUUACAUAUGCCAUCAGUCACAAUGCAUUAAAUAUACAAUAGGAUUCUUUGCUGGUACAAGCCAUGGAUGGGGAAUCUGUGGCUCUUCAGAUGUGGUUGGACUCCAAUGCCCAUCAACCCUGAACCAUCAUGGACACUGGUCAGGGAUGAUGGAUGUUGGAGUUCAAUAAUCUUUGGAGGGCAACAGAUUCCUCACCUCUGCUAUGAGAAAACAACAACUGUCCAUCUGGAAACUGGGAUGACCCGGAAUGCCCACCCGAAUAGGUUGGCUGUCUGUGAAGCUUUUGCAGACAUCUGCUUGCUGAUUUAGUUUCUUCCCAUAGUUCUAGUGUUUAGUCACCAAACCACAAUUUCUCAAAAAUAAACCCUGCUCAUAAUAAUAUGAGAGUGGUUCACACCUACAUGUAAAUAACUUGAUUUAUCACCAUUUUGCCAGUCAGCACUGAAUGAAUGACACACAGGUGAACAUGUGCACAAUGAAACAGCAUUGCGUUUGGGGCAUGGUCUGAAAAGUUAUGCCUGCGGUGUGUGCAGGAUAUGUGAAAGUUCAUUUAUAGAUGCCAAUCGCCACAAGUGUGCAGAGCCUUCUCAUAGUAAACACUUUCUCUUGGGAAGUAAUAAGUGCAAUAGCAUAGUUUAUAACUAUGGGCAGCAGUACAGACAUAAUUUUCCACUAGAGGGUGCUCAGCCUAUUGAGGAGGAUUUGUAAUACGGCUCUUCUCUAAGAGAUCGCUUUCCCAGGCACAAAAAUAUACAAGAGAGAGAAGUUAGAAUUUAGUUUCAGUAUAUUUAAUUCAGAAGGCAUUAGAACAUCAACUAGCUCUUGCUAGCUUUCUUGCUUUGCCUGACAGAGGAUUAAUACCUCUUCCAGACUGUUUUAGAGAAUAGUCAAAGCUCCCAUCUUUUGGUGAUCAAGAGUCUGGGACGUAAUAUUUCUUACCUGACGUGCAUCGACUUCUUAGUAACAACAAUAAGCUCAUCACAAUUCCAGAUGAUGCUUUGCAUAAUAAAUCUUGUCGCCUAACCAAUGGGCUCUUAGGAUAUGGGUGUGUGUGCCACUGGCUUUAAAAAAGAAUACACUGAGUUUCUGUUCCACAAACCACCUCAGAAGGAGAAUUUGCUGGACCAUGAGUGAGAACCUGGAGGCUGAGAGGGACGUUGUGUCAGCAGGAAAAUGACUUGAUAUUGAUUUAUACAUAUUAGUAACUUUGUAUGAAUGUAACCUUUUUAUACGUAGCUGCACAUUUUUGUAAUAUUUUAUUUAAGUUGUCUGUCGUUGCUUCAGGUUUUUGUACACUGCUUAAGAGAUAUAUUUUUUUAAAAAUAUAUUAAGCAAUAUGGAAAUGAAAUAAUCAAAUCAAAUCAAACCCCCAAGUCUGGUAUCCCCUCCACACUGAUGCCAGAGUUUUGUGUCACAGCCCACAGUUAUGCAACUAAGACACACUCACUGGGAGGUUGCUCAACACACCCAUCGCUGUUGUAUCCUCUCCAUAUCACUGCCAAACAUUUGAAGGUGCUCAGAGGCACCCUGUCCCUUAAUUGUAAGUGUAUGUCCACCCUUGAACCAUUAUUUGGUGCCAGGCUGCAAUUGGUGGAUCUCAGGGUUCAAGCAAAAAAACAAGUAGGUUCCACAAGUCUCAAGCCACACCCAUCCACUAUAAACUCUAUUGGUUGUCUCCC